AUGAUCGCAUCAUUCAUGGAUAGUGAAUUAGAAUCCCACAGAAAAGAAAUGGAUAUCACAACAGGAGUUGUGCCGUCUACUACAACCACUUCUGACUUUUAUCUUGGAUUGUGCUUAGCAGUAAGCUCCUCAUUAUUUAUCGGAUCUAGUUUCAUAAUAAAAAAGCUGUCAUUGAUUCGUCUUAAAACAAAAGGGCAUGUAAGAGCUGGAAGUGGUGGUUUUGGAUAUCUAAUGGACUGGAUGUGGUGGCUAGGAUUACUAACCAUGGGACUUGGAGAACUUGCUAAUUUUACAGCAUAUGCUUUUGCUCCAGCUUCUUUAGUAACCCCAUUGGGUGCAUUAAGUGUUCUGGUGAAUGCAAUAUUGGCCUCAAAAUUUCUCAAAGAAAAACUCAAUAACUUGGGCAAGUUGGGUUGCUUUCUCUGUCUUUUGGGGUCAACUAUGAUAGUAAUUCACUCUCCAAAAGAAGAACAAAUAGAUAAUCUUCAAGAACUCUUAGAAAAGGCAACAAACACAGUAUUUAUCAGAUAUGUUCUGACAAUAGUUAUUGUAUGCUCCAUCAUAUUCUGCUAUAUUGGUCCACAUUAUGGUAGCAGAUAUGUAGCAGUAUAUUUGAUACUUUGUGCAGCAAUUGGUAGUCUCACUGUCAUGUCAUGCAAAGGUUUAGGAUUAGUAAUAAGGACUAUAUCAGUUUCUUCAAUACAUGGUCUUCCAAAUCUAUGGGUACCAAUCAGUCUAUGUCUUACAGUCAUAGUUUGUAUAUGCAUUCAAAUUACCUAUUUGAAUAAGGCACUUGAUCUCUUCAGCACAAGCAGAGUGACUCCAAUAUAUUAUGUGCUAUUUACUACCCUAGUGAUAAUUGCCUCCUCAAUUUUGUUCGAGGAAUGGCGGAAAAUGAAAGAAGUUGACAUACUGGGUGCUUCUUGUGGAUUUUUCGUAACGGUCGUUGCCAUAUUCAUGUUGAAUGACUGUAAAGAGGGACCUGUCAUACCCUUUCAAAUGCGACAAAAUCCAACUAAACACAAUAAGUAUGGCUUGGUUAGGUCAGGUUGA